AUGAAGUAUACCUCGCUCAUACCCUUUACCACCCUCGCAAUGGGACUUGCUGGAAUCACCAGUGUCGGCUCCUCUCCCGCACUCUCGCUCGACCAGCAAGUUUUUCGCUCCUACGAAGACCUCGCGUUGCGCAACGCCGACGGCCGCGCAACUGAGGACGCCUACGGAGAUCCUGAAUACAAGUGGCCCGAGCCCAACCCCACCCUUCCCCUCUCGGAACUUCCCGACGCACGACCGGCCGUCUCCUCUCGACGCUUCCGUUCGCGCCUCGUCGAAGCCGAAAUCCGUCGGAUCGCAUCCAAGAUCUCUGACCCUGCCAUCAAACGUAUCUUCACCAACGCCUAUCCCAACAGUCUCGACACAACCGUCGCCUGGACAGAUCUGCAGCUCAACAAUCCCGAUUCGUCCACUGCUUUCCCUAGAGCAUUCAUCAUCACGGGUGACAUCUUGGCCGCUUGGUUGCGAGACUCAUCCAAUCAGAUCUUCACCUACUUGCCGCUGCUUCAGAGUCCGCCCGAACCGUACCAUGUCGGGGACAAAGACUGGCUGAAAUUAUACAGGCUUGCUUUGGGAUUGCUGUAUCAACAAUCGCAGCAGGUCAUCACUUAUCCACUGGGCAACUCUUUCGGUCCACCCAAGAGUGCUACCAUCACCAACAAGAAGAAUCCAGCCGUCGGGAACAGCCAUGACGCUGAUUGGGUUCAACCGCCUGUCCCUGGCUCCAAAGGUCACUAUCUCCCGCAACCUCCGAAGAACUACACCGAUGUGGAAGGAACGGACGGAGUCUACCUCUGGGAGACCAAAUGGGAGGUCGAUUCCUUAGCAGCGCAUCUCCGACUUCCUUCCCUCAUCGCACAGUAUUCGGGUCGAAAGGAUUUCCUCCACCACAAGACUUGGCAGAGAGGUGUACGCAUGGCUAUCGACGCACUCCAGUCUCAACAGCGCGGUUCGGAUGAAGAAUACACUGCCUACGCCGCUGCCAACGAUACAACCAUCUUGCCGGCCAACUUGACGUCCAGGGACAGCGAAUGGGCGCAACGAUUCGGAACGCUUCAAGGUGGAGUCUAUCGAUUCCAGAGGUUGAGCCGUAGCGCUACCGAGACAAAGGCGGACAACGGUUGGGGCGAGCCAGCCAAACGCAACGGACUGGUCAAGAGCGGAUUCAGGCCGUCGGACGAUGCUACCACUUUCCCAUUCCUCAUUCCCGCAAACGCACAGCUCGCCGUUGCACUCGAGAACCUAGUACCGUUGCUGUCAGGCGUGGAAGCGAUGCAAGACGUCGCCACCAACGCCCGCGACUUCGCAUCAGAGAUCCGACAGGCGAUCACUGACUACGCCAUCCAGUCGAACCAUCUCGCCGGAGGCGACGUCUACGCCUACGAAAUCGACGGCUACGGCAGCACCUACUUCAUGGACGACGCCAACGUACCCAGCCUCCUCUCUCUCCCUUACCUCGGCUACCUCAACUCCACCGACCCCACCUACCAACGUACACGCGCAUUCGUCCUCUCGCCGCGCACCAACAAAUGGGCCUUCUCCGGAUCCGAUUUCCGCGGGAUCGGUGGUCCUCACGUCGGCACCAACUACGCUUGGCCCAUGUCCCGCCUCAUGCAAAUCAUGACCUCAACCGACGCCCAGGAACAGCUCGAUGCUCUGUCCGCUCUCAGGAACACCACAGCAGGUACCGGGUUGAUGCACGAAAGUAUCAACGUCAACAAUGCAACUGACUUCACCCGUCCCUGGUUCGGUUGGGCAAACGGGUUGUUCGGAGAAGCUGUAAGACACAUCGAACAGACCAACCCGGAGGUCUUGUCGCACACCUACUAG